AUGGAUGCGGCGAAGAUACAAGCGACCUUGGCCAUGAAGGCCCUACGCACAGAGGCGGAGAAGCGCCGCAAGAUUGCUUGGAAUCGCAGGGCGAUCAAGGAGAGGGAGCACAAGGCAAAGGUGGAGGCCCAACGCACCGCCAAGGAGGCGAUGAUAAAGAAGGCGCAGGCCCUCAUGGGCGUGAAGGGCGGGUCGGACGGCACGCUGGGCGACUUUUCGCUGGGCGUCAUGGUCGACGUGCUCAUGGCGUUGCCGGCGGCAUGCGAAAGCCCUGUCUUCAACAAGCGCUUGGCAAAGUCGAAGGAAAGCAUUAUGCAGUCCACACAAGACUUCAUCAACAUAACGCGCCGCAAGACCUCGAAAUUUAUGGUGGUUUCCAGCAAGGCGUCCGACGUGGAGCUGUCGUUCAUCCUGGCGCGAUUCUUCCACGAGGCCUCCUUCCGUGUCAAGGCGAUGGCGGCUGACGCGCAGAAGGUUGCCAGGGAUCUCAACGUCGUGAUGCCCAGGGAGCUGAGGCAAGCCUUCAUGCCCAUCAUCAAGGGCAUGCUGCAUAAUGCGGUCCCACUGCGCGUGAACGCCUCCGCUCUUGCGGGUUCGACUCUUGAAAGCGCAUGCAGCGAGAUCGCUGGCAUCAUGGCCAACGUCACCGACUACGCCAACAAACUUAAUUCCAUGCACACCAGCAUGCACAACAUCUGGCAGCUUUCCGAGUUGAUGUUGCCGAAGGUGGACAAGAUAUAUCCCAUGAAGCCCAUCGUCAUCGAGACCGUCAAAGACUUCAUGGCAAUGGCGACCAACCAGAUCGCCGGACUUUCCGAGGCUUCGGAGGAGAUUGUGACCAACAUCGGCCCUAUCAUUUCCGAGCGCAUGCAGUGCACGUGGAAUGCUGCGCUCCCGCGCUCUCGCGUGAGCUGGGUAGCUUUGUUGGCGGCGCUCGCCUGCUACCUUUUCGUUUAG